UAAUAAUAUCUUGCCUUACGGGAUUUUGACGGGGCCGUUACACUGAAUCAUUUGGGGAACUACUCGCCAAGACCGACAGCUUGGCUUACUGGGAGGGGACAUCAAACAGUAUAGAUGUUUCAGCAUGUUGUGACGUCCAUAUUAGCUCUGGAUCUGCUGCUUUCUUUCAUACAUCUCGGAGCGACGUACAAUGGACCAAUCGACACCAAACUGCUGCAGGAUGAGGGUCUCCUAUUGGCUGAUUCCAGUGGUCACGUGACUGUGUACGAAGGCAGUGCUUUCGAGGAAACCAAAGUGUCCGAGGAGGUGGAGUCAGAAGUGGGGACGGAAAACUAUUUCGAAACCGGAAGUGCCCAUAACACAACUUUUACAGAUCUGGGAGGAUUUAAAAAUGAUCAUAACAAUUACACAAGGCAUUCUAUCAUAUCUGGUAAAUCCGAUGAAGAGCCAACACCAACAUCCAUCAUCGUCGCCAUUGUCAUUGUCGCCGUUGCGCUACUUUGUGCUGUAGUCGUCUCUACCAAACUUCUAUACGAACGUUACUUUAAACGCAAUGACCGGAAAAAUCCAACAGACUAUGACAGCGAUGAAUAUUCCGUCAUGAUGACCUGGGAUUAGAACGGAAGCCAUUAUGGUGCGUCCUGAUGUACAUCCGCUUAGGAAUUCAUUACUCCGGACCCAUUUUCGUGUAUCAAAAUCCGGAUUAAUGGAAUCAAAUAACAGUAUUGUAGUUCCUGGGAUCUGGAGGCAUAGCUAAAUAUUCCCAAAUUACUGUGGAUUUGCCUGACUGAUGGGACAAUAUAUUAACAAUCGAUCCUGUAGUAAUUAGUUUUGAUUAUGUCUCUGGGUUUUUUUUAAACGAAAAUCGCCUCCAGGAAAAUUGGUCUUUAUACUAAGUACUUUUUUUCUUAGAAUAGAACUUUCCCAUUUUUAAUUGGAAAUGACUUUUAGUUUGAUUUUCUACAACAGUCUGACUCUCGUAACGCAAUCGCUAUUUCGUCUGGCUCGCCAGCUGAUCCCGAAUCUUGACGGAACUUGCUGAUAAGUUACGAUUGUUUCGUCACUCAUUUUAGGGUAGUACGACUGAACGAGGGGUAUAUCAAGUUCACGAUGAUGAGAUGAUUUCUGUCAGUGUUAAUUACCACAAUGCUAUGAUUCAAUUCCAAGAGGGAUAUAUGACGAAUUAGAUUUUUUCUUCGGUUUUGAAAAACAGAUUUCCCUUAAAAUAACUUAAUAACUGCAUUAUCCCGGCAAAACUUGUUGUACAUUGUUUUAAAACAAAUUUUCGAUAGAAAGCAUCACUAGAGUAAAUAUAAAUGCCAUAAACUUAACAUAUCCAAGCAUAAAAUGUAUCGCACUCGACUGAGAUUGUGAUUGUACACAAAGGGCAAUAACUCUAUUUAAAACAGGACAAUUUAGCGAAUAACAGUCCCCACCGAAUGUGAAUUUAUAUGGCAAGAAUGCACAGAUGAUAAAUAAAUCAGAUAGACAUUUACUGAUAAGGGAUGUCCUUAUAACCAUGCCGUGGAAUUGAAUCUGGUGACGCCUAUUCAUUAUUUGAUUGUAUUUGGUGGUAUGAAUUUCAGCAAUGUCACUAAUUUAUAUCAGGAUUCAGAUGUGAAAACGAUAAAUUCAAAGAGGCCUUGGGACUAUAAUUUGAUAAAUGAUCCGCCCAUUCUAGGUUGUAAAAUCUACAAAUUACCAAUUAAAACGUAUUGUGUUGAUAUGGCUUCUCGAAUUCGAAAUAUUUGAUACCUGAAUCUGGUAAAUGAUAUUUAAAAGAAAAUAGUUCACCUUUAAUGUGAAUGUAUCAUGAUCAUACUGUGUGGAAACCGAAUAUCUAAAGUAUUACAAACAUACAUGGAAGAAAGAA